UAAUUUUAUUAGGGGCUCUGGUUUCUUCUAUAUCGCUUGUAUUUUUCUUUGGGUGUGGUCAGAAUUCUCUAAUGGAAAAAAUGGCCAAAGAUCUUCAUGUAAUGAUGCUUCCAUGGUCAGCCUUUGGCCACCUCAUUCCAUUCUUUCAUCUCUCCAUAGCCUUGGCUAAAGCCGGAGUUAAAAUCUCCUUUGUUUCAACUCCAAAAAACAUCCAAAGACUCCCUAAAAUUCCUUCAAACUUAGAAACACUCAUCAAUUUCGUGGAGUUUUCAUUGCCGACCCCACAAGACGAAUCUUUGCCUGAAGGAGCAGAGGCCACUGUUGAUAUUCCUCCUGAGAAAAUCCCUUUCCUGAAGAUUGCAUACGAUCUCCUGCAAUACCCCUUGAACAAGUUUGUAGCCGACCAACGGCCCGAUUGGAUUAUCAUCGACUUAGUUUCUCACUGGAUGGUCGACAUUUCCAGAGAAAACAACGUUCCUCUGUUGUAUUUCUCUGUUUUCUCUGCUGCUUCAUUUCUUUUUCUCGGCCACCCUGGGUGCUUGGCCGGUGAUAGUCAAAAGAAUCUCCGGCCAUCGUGGGAGAGUAUGACUUCACCACCGGAGUGGGUAGACUUCCCUUCAUCCGUAGCUUUUCGGAAGCACGAGGCUAUCGGAGCUUUUGAAUGGAUAUAUGGAACAAAUGCUUCUGGAAUAUCAGACGCUGAAAGGGUCGCCACAAUAUUGAAUUCCUGCCAAGGUAUGGUUAUACGAAGUUGCACAGAGUUUGAAGGUGAUUACUUGACUUCAUUGAAUAAAAUAAUGAAAAAGCCAGUAGUUCCUUUGGGUUUGUUACCGAUAGUGAAACCAAAAGCAAGACAAAUCACAGAUGGUUCAUGGGGUGAAAUCUUUGAUUGGCUUGAUCAGCAGAAGCGCAAGUCCGUUAUUUUCGUAAGUUUUGGUAGCGAGUUUAAGCUAACCAGAGAUCAAGUUUACGAGAUUGCCUACGGGCUAGAGCUAUCUGGAUUGCCAUUUUUGUGGGCAUUAAGGAAACCCAAUUGGGCAAUUGACGAUGUUGAUGCUUUGCCUCUAGGUUUUAGCCAACGAACGCGUGGAAAGGGAAUUGUGAGUAUCGGAUGGGCACCACAGAUGGAGAUUCUGGGACACCCAUCAAUUGGAGGGUCAUUGUUUCAUUCAGGUUGGGGCUCUAUUAUUGAAACUCUUGAAUUUGGACACAGCCUUAUUCUGUUGCCAUUUAUCAUUGAUCAACCAUUGAACGCAAGGUACUUGGUUGAGAAGGGUUUGGGCGUGGAAGUAGAGAGGAGCGAAGAUGGAUCAUUUAGCAGGGACGGUAUUGCCAAGGCUUUGAGGGUAGCGAUGGUGCGCGAGGAAGGGAAAGAAUUGAGGGCACGUGCAAACGAAGCUGCGAAGAUUUUUGGAGAUGAGAAGUUGCAUCAGGAGCAUUACAUUGGUAAAUUUGUGGAGUUUCUAAAAAGUUACUAUGAAGAUCAUAAAGAUUGUUAAGGCUUUGGGUUGAAGAUGUGUCAAUGGACUUGAGAACCUCCUGGGAAUAUCUUUUUCUGUCUGUACGCUUAUUUAUUUUCCCUCUCUUUCCUCUUUCUUGUGUCUGGAAAUACUUUAGAACUGGUGGCUUGAUAAAGAAUUCCAAUACCUUACUAAUGAA